AUGGAGGGAUCAUUGCCCCCUGGAUGGACUGAACAUAAAGCACCCAAUGGAAUUCCUUAUUAUUGGAAUGCUGAACUAGCAAAAAGUACUUACAAACGUCCUAUCUGGCCUGAUGAGCAAAAAAAAGCCUCUGAUUCCAUUUAUUUAAAACAAGAAGAGAUAAAGGGUGUUGAAGAGACAUCAGGAUCUGAAGAUACUGAAGAAAAACGCAAGUUUGACCGUGAACUUCGAAAGCAAUCUUUUGAUAGGCCAAAGUACAAAAAAUCUAUACCUGGAUCAAGUGUUUGGGUCAUUAUUACAACGAAGAGAAAUCGAUAUUUUUUUCAUAAUACUGAGACUCAUGAAUCAACUUGGCUGCCUCCGCAAGAACUCUUGGAUAUCGUUCUAACUUUACGGCUUCCAAAACGGAAAUUGAAAAGUAAAUUUCAAUCAAAUGCCGCUGAAGUGUCUACAGGUUCCGGAAAUUAUAACAAUGUUGUUACAAAAGGUGGACUGGACGAGCAUCCUGAACGCCAACACGAGACAACGAGUCUCUCUGAGGAUGAGGGCGAAGAAGAAGAAUCCGUUGAAGAAGUCGUUGAAACCGAGAAUGAAGAAGGCGAGGAGAAUUUGAGCGAAAACGGCGAAAAUGAAAAUAUAGAGUUUGGUGAAGAAGAUUUCCUGUUUCAACUUCAAGAAAUGGAAGGAAAUGUUCAAGGGGAUGAUGUUUUGCAAGAAAAAGAAGGACCUGUGAUUGACCAUGAAACUGCCGUUCAAAUUUUCAAACAGCUUUUGAAGGACAAAAGUGUAGAUGUUUACCAAACUUGGGAAUUUACAUAUCCGAAACUAAUAGAUGAUGAACGAUUUCGAAUUUUGGAUACUGGGCAAGAUCGUCGUCAAGUUUUUGAAGAGUAUUGCAAAUCUGCUAUUGCAUCAAAGCCAGACCGCUCGUCGAAAACAUCCUCCUUAUUAGGUUUCUGGAAUCUUUUACAGAGCUUACCGAGUACCAUCUUAUGGCCCGAGUUCAAAAGGAAGUAUAGAAAGUCACCUGUACUAAGUAUUCCUCGUUACUCGGAUAGAGAUUUAGAAAAGCUCUUUCGCGAAUUUCAGAUUUUAAGAAAUCGUCCUGUGGAAGACAGAAUAUAUAAUUUUCAAAGUCUUUGCAGAUCAAAAAAAAUCGACCCAAGAAGGCCCGAUAGUUAUAACGACAAAAUUCUGAACGAUGUACGAUACGCAGUAGUUAAUCCUGAAGAAUUACGUUCUUGGUUAGUCAAUAAUUAG